AUGAACUACAUCAGCCCUCUCAGACGUACUCACUCUCGUCGCCAGAAUCGAUUCAACCACACAAGCCUAACUACCUCUGACCGCAGCUUUGUCGAAUUCAUCCGUUGUCUUUCCAAAGCAAAGGGUCUCGUCCACGACCUCCAGUUAUUCAACCAGCUUGUCUGUCCUGUACUUGGCUCAGCAACACUGCCGACAACACUAGGAUCAUCAUCAAUUCCAUUUCAAAUAGAACCUUCCUCACGCAGACAUUUGAUACAACACAUCAACUCAUAUCUCAACAGCACAUUCACAAGAUUCUCACACCUCUGCAAGGCACUACUCAUCAUACUCACAAAAAUCGAAGCAAACCACCCUGUCCGCAAAGAGCGAAUCGACUCCUUCCGUCAAGACGUACAUGACCAAUGGCAGACUGCGACAAAGAUUCGGACAAGUCUCCUAUUAUACAUCCAACCUUUUCGAUCUCUUCCGUUACCGAUCUCUUACAGUACUUCAUCUACCAUCUAAGCUCAACCAAAACCAAAAGGGACAGCAUUUUCUUUUGUUAAACUGCCAUUAUCCCAUUAUUCUUCUUUACCAAACACAUUACACAAAAUCUAUCUAUAUUCCCCAUUUCUUUGUCCUUUUGCCAAUAUUGUACAUACGUUCUUUCCUCUUUUCAUUAUCAUUAAUAUACUAUCCUUUAUUAUUUUCUUGUACCAUAAAUAAAUAACUAGCUAACAAAUCAUUUCAUUUCAUUUCAUUUCAUUUCAAUUAAAAUCAAAUCAAAUCAAAAAUAA